AGUCACAACCCCGGCGGCGACGUUCCACGAUUUAAUGUGUUCAAUCGUGACCGUUGGCCGAUAGUAAUGAAGUUUGUUUUGUAGGUGUUUAAAUUUCUGCUCUUACAGUGUUACAACACUUUCUCAUACCUUAAAAUGGAAAAUCCGGCAGUUUCACUGCUUGUUAAAACUAAUAAUCCUGCGCCCACGGUUGAUCAAAUAAAUGCCGAUAGGAUAACACAGUUGGCCAAUAAAUACUGGGCACCUCACACAACCAACUCACGCUUGCAGUUUGAUCCAGUAAUCAUUGAAGACAUAUACAUUCAAGAGAUAUGUGCCUCAAAGUUUUCAAUCAGGCGCAUAAUGAUGCUCGAGUUCAGCCAAUAUCUGGAAAAUUAUCUUUGGCCAAAUUAUACUACAGGAGAAACAUCACACAGUCACAUGAUGUCGAUAGUUGUGAUGCUGAACGAAAAAUUUCGAGAGCGAGUCCAAGUCUGGGAAGCUUUUUCGAAGAACCCUCAGCAUUUUCCUGGAUUUUUUCAACAAGUUCUCGAAGCUUGUUUAAACGAGAGUACUAUGGACUUUGAUCUUAAAGAACAGACGGCACUUAUUGUUUUUUUGAAUCACUGUUUCAAUUCUAUGGAAGUGGCGUUAGUGAGAAAUGAAGUUAAGAGGCUGGUAUCCUUGUCAAUGUGGGUAUCACUGCAACAGGGCAGGCGUGAGUUUGAGUUUAGAAAGUUUCCCAAGUGGAGGAAAUAUUGGAAAAUUAUACAAAAGAAAGAUAAGCCAGAGAUCAGAGAAAAAUUGGACUGGGAGCGUAGAUUUCUACAGAGGUUGAUGGUCAAAUUUAUGACAAUCUUGGAAACUAUACCACUUGAGGGAGUAAUUUUUCCCGACAAGAUACAUUAUUGCGAAAGGUUCCUGGAGUUGGUCAUCGACUUGGAAGCUCUUCUGCCUACCAGACGUUUCUUCAACACAGUCAUGGACGACAGUCAUUUGGUAGUACGGUGUCAACUCUCCAACUUGGUGCAACGUCCAGAAGGAGGUCUCUUCAACCAGCUCUUGGAGAUGCUCAAGUUUUACGCAAGAUUUGAGAUAAGCGAAGAAACCGGCGAUCCUCUCACUGACCAUGAUAUGACGCAGUUGCAUUAUACAAAAAUCACCUCACUGCAGAAAGCUGCCUUCGCCAAAUUUCCUGAUCUACGAAGCUUCGCGCUUGCAAAUGUAGCCAGCGUUGAUACCAGAGAAGCACUCUAUAGACACUUUGGUACCUUGAGUCAGGAAAAGCUUAGAUCGAUUGCUACAUACCUGAACCUUGUACCGCCAGAGGAGCGAGAGGUUGAUGAAAAUUGGUAUCGGUUGGAUCUGGACUUCCUUCGGGAAUUACUGAUUUCGAGGCACGAGCGUCGAGCGUCUCAACUCGAAGAAUUGAACGAGAUGCCGCUAUACCCGACUGAAGAGGUUGUCUGGAACGAAAGUAUCGUGCCCACGGAAUAUUUUUCCGGCGAAGGCUGCCUGGCAUUGCCGAAACUGAAUCUUCAGUUCCUCACGCUUCACGACUACUUGCUGAGAAAUUUCAAUCUCUUCAGGCUCGAAUCAACGUAUGAAAUCAGGCAAGAUAUCGAAGAUUCGGUCAGCAGGCUCAGUCCAUGGCGUGCGGAGGAUGGCGGCGUGUAUUACGGUGGAUGGGCCAGAAUGGCACAGCCGAUAACUCAAUUUGCAGUUGUUGAGGUUGCGAAGCCGAACAUCGGGGAGAAUAGGCCAUCGCGCGUAAGAGCCGACGUCACUGUGAAUCUGAGCGUGAGAAAGGAAAUCAAGGCAGAGUGGGAAAACCUGAGAAAACACGACGUUUGUUUCUUGAUAUCAAUCAAACCUCCUAACACCAUCGGAACGAAAUACAGUCACAAACUGCCGUUUGUACCCCAGGUUGGUUUGACAACCGUACGAGGGUGCGAGAUCGAGGGCAUGCUCGAUUCGAAUGGUCGGGUGAUCGAGGAUGGUCCUGAACCAAGGCCUGUACUCCCUGGCGAAAAUCGCACUUACCGCGUUUGGCUCGACUCUAAUCAAUACCGCAUCGAUAUGGAUAACGCGAGCCACGGCAAGGAGGAUGUUUAUGAGGGUUUCAACAUAAUCAUGAGGCGGAAGCCAAAGGAAAACAAUUUCAAAGCAGUCCUAGAGACGAUCAGGGAAUUGAUGAACACCGAAUGCGUUGUACCCGAUUGGCUCCACAAUAUAAUAUUAGGAUACGGGGAUCCCGGCGCUGCCCAAUAUGCGAGAAUGCCCGAUGAGAUCGCGGUCAUGGAUUUUAACGACACGUUCCUAGACAUAGAUCACCUUAGAGCAAGUUUUCCCGGGUAUGGAAUUAAAGUUAAAGACAUCGAAGAAGAAAAAUUGAUUCGGCCGUUUCGACUAACGUUUGAAGAAGUCUUGUGCAAGCAGAACAACCAACCGGAGAGAAAAGUGAUUGUGGUCGAGCCACACGUACCACCGAGUCGCGGCCCCUACAAGGCCAACGAGCCCAAGAGAAACCAAAUACCAUUCACACCAACGCAAGUAGAAGCGAUCCGCGCCGGAAUGCAGCCGGGGCUGACGUUGGUCGUCGGUCCACCGGGGACCGGAAAAACGGAUGUUGCAGUACAAAUUAUUUCAAAUCUAUACCACAACUUUCCCAAUCAAAGAACAUUAAUAGUCACACAUUCUAAUCAGGCAUUGAAUCAGUUAUUUGAAAAAAUCAUGGCCUUAGACAUAGACGAGAGGCAUCUGCUCCGUUUAGGUCACGGCGAGGAGGCGCUUGAAACCGAAAAAGAUUUCAGCCGAUACGGAAGGGUCAACUACGUUCUGGCAAAACGUCUGGAUCUCCUCAUGGAAGUUCAAAGGCUUCAGGAGUCUCUUAAUGUAAAAGGAGACGUUGCGUAUACGUGCGAAACUGCUGGACACUUCUUUAUGUACCAGAUACUUGCAAGGUGGGAACGCUUCAACGGACGAAUCAAGCAAAGAUCUGGAAGCAAUCCUUCGCCCAACAUAGUUUCACAAGAGUUUCCAUUCCACAAGUUCUUUGACAAUGCACCACAGCCUCUCUUCAAGGAAAGAUCUUACAACGAGGAUAUGGAAAUCGCCCAGGGUUGCUUCAGAUAUGUAGAGAGGAUGUUUGCCCAACUUGAGGAGUUUCGUGCGUUCGAAUUGCUUAGAUCAGGACUGGAUCGUUCGAAGUAUUUACUCGUGAAAGAAGCGAAGGUAAUCGCAAUGACUUGUACGCACGCAGCGCUGAAGCGACGGGAACUUGUUGACAUGGGAUUUAAGUACGACAAUAUCCUUAUGGAAGAGUCCGCCCAGAUACUGGAAAUCGAGACCUUCAUACCACUGCUGCUUCAAAACCCCCAAGAUGGCUACAAUCGUUUGAAGCGUUGGAUUAUGAUCGGCGACCAUCACCAGUUGCCCCCCGUCAUCAAAAACAUGGCCUUCCAAAAAUAUUCAAAUAUGGAGCAGUCUUUAUUUGCAAGGUUCGUCAGGCUUGGUGUUCCCACCGUCGAUCUUGAUGGCCAAGGUCGCGCCAGACCAAGUAUAUGCAAUCUCUAUAACUGGCGAUAUAAAAAGCUGGGUAAUCUGUGUCACGUCGAGCGUAGUCCUGAAUAUCUUGUUGCCAACGCCGGGUUUUUAUUCGAUUUUCAACUCAUCAACGUUGAGGACUUCAACGGCGUUGGCGAGAGCGAACCGAGUGCCUACUUCUAUCAGAACCUUGCUGAAGCCGAGUACUGCGUCGCGGUAUUCAUGUACAUGCGCCUUCUAGGAUACCCAGCUGACAAAAUCAGCAUACUAACCACCUACAAUGGGCAGAAGCAUUUAAUACGCGACGUAAUAAACAUUAGGUGUGCUAACAACCCGUUGAUAGGGCGACCAAACAAAGUGACCACUGUUGACAAGUAUCAGGGUCAACAGAAUGAUUAUAUACUUCUGUCGUUGGUGAAAACACGGGCAGUUGGUCACUUGAGGGACGUUAGGCGUCUGGUGGUGGCAAUGUCGCGAGCUCGGCUUGGUUUAUACGUCUUUGCCAGGGUCGCCUUAUUUAAAAACUGCUUCGAACUUACGCCUGCGUUUGACCAGCUAAUGCAGCGUCCCCUUAAAUUACACAUACUUCCUAGUGAAAUGUAUCCAGCACAAAGACUCAACGAAAGCUUGACAGCAUCAGUUAACCUUCUGUCCGAGACCGUUAUCAUCGAAGACAUGCCCCAUAUGGCAAAAUUCGUCUAUGAUUACUAUGUGGACAAAGUUAGCACCAUGAAAGCACAGAUACACGGUGCGCGAGAAUGGCAAAAACCCGGUACAACGGGCCGCAUCGCUAGUCCCACGCAUCACAUCUCUGCACAUCCUGGUGCCGAUGACGACACUGAUGACGAAGAUGAGCAAGCUCGAAUUCAGUUGAGUGAUGAUUGUACUGACGAAAAGGACCUGUCGGGAGAUGUAGAAAAACCGAAGCCAAUUGAAAAUUUGCUCGAGGAACUAACAGAUGAUCAUUAGACCGCCUCUCACGAGCAAUGACGGACGAGACAAUCCAGUUCUGCGUUUCCAAUUUCUUUUUUCUUGCAACAAGUAAUGCGGGGCAUAUGUCGAAAAUUGUUAC